AUGAAGGAGGCUCAAGGAGCUUGUGCCUCGGCUGCACCUGUCUUUCAGGAGACCCCAGAUAAAGUGUCGCAAGAGGUGGAGCGUAUCGCGCAGAUGUUCACCAUCGAUGGAGACUCUCUUCGGCGCAUAACUGAUCACUUCGUCCAAGAGCUUGAGAAAGGCCUCGGCAAUGAAGACAGCGAUAUUCCUAUGAAUGUGACGUGGGUGAUGAACCAGCCGACGGGAUACGAAACAGGUUCAUAUCUCACCGUAGAUAUGGGCGGUACGAACCUUCGCGUCUGCAACGUGACCUUGACCGAGGAGAAAGGAGGAUGCGAAUUGACGCAGCACAAAUUCAAGCUCCCCAAGCACAUGAGACAGUGUACUGCAGAUGAGCUCUGGGCCUUCAUCGCCGACCGCAUCCAAGACUUCAUUGAGGAGCAGCAUCUCACACCGCCCGAGUCGGAGAAACUUCCCCUUGCCUUCACAUUCUCUUACCCCGUCACUCAAGACAAUAUCCGACACGGCGUCCUCCAACGUUGGACAAAGGGGUGGGACAUUUCCGGUGUCGAAGGACACGACGUGGUAGCACAGCUGGAGCAAGCUCUUGAGCAGAAGAGCAUCCCCGUACGGGUCGUAGCGCUGGUCAACGACACGACCGGAGCACUAAUUGCAUCCGCCUACAAAGACCCCGACGUAAAGAUCGGCAGCAUUCUGGGCACUGGCUGCAACGCCGCCUACAUGGAAAAAUGCGGCCGCAUCCCGAAGAUCGCCUCCCACAACCUUCCCACCGACCAGCUGGUCGGCAUCAACACCGAGUACGGCGCCUUUGACAACAGCCACAAAGUCCUCCCGCGAUGCAGGUUCGACCUCGAGAUCGACCGCGCCUCCCCACGGCCGGGACAGCAGACGUACGAGAAGAUGGUAGCCGGUCUCUACACCGGGGAGCUUUUCCGGUUGAUCAUCGUUCACUUGCACGAGACCGUGGGCUUUUUGGGUGGUUGCGAUCUUCAGAAUCUCCGUGACGUCCACGCGAUGGAGUCUUCGUGCCUGUCGCGCAUGGAGGAGGAGAACGCGGCCGCGGAGAGUCAGAUGGCCGAGACCCGCGCCAUGCUCAAGCAGGAGUUCGGGAUCGAGCCCACACUCCAGGAACUGAGGACUUGCUGUAAGCUGGCGGAGAUCGUGUGCACGCGGGCGGCUCGGUUGUACGCCUGCGGCAUUGCCGCCAUCUGCAAGAAGGAGGGGCUCACGCGGGGUCGUGUCGGGGUGGAUGGGUCGGCGUUCAGCAAGAACUACCAGUUCAAGGAGCGGGCUGCUGCGGCGUUGCGGGAGAUCCUAGAGUGGCCGACGGAGGAGGAUCUGAUCACGUUCGUCCCGGCGGAGGACGGCUCGGGGAUCGGGGCUGCAUUGAUUGCGGCGCUGACGGUGGGAGAUCACGGGUGUCUUUCUACGACUGACAACGGCACACGAUGUCAUAUUCUCUAA